AUUAUCCAGGUAUGGUUCCUGCACUCGGAGGUGUGUGACAUGUGGAUAUCCGUGGACGUCCUCUGCUGCACGGCUUCAAUCCUCCACCUGGUGGCCAUCGCCAUGGACCGCUACUGGGCCGUGACGUCCAUCGACUACAUCCGUCGCCGCAGCGCCCGACGAAUCCUGCUCAUGAUCAUGGUCGUGUGGAUCGUCGCUCUUUUCAUCUCCAUCCCGCCGUUGUUCGGUUGGCGCGACCCCAACAACGACCCCGACAAAACCGGAACUUGCAUCAUAUCCCAGGACAAGGGCUACACGAUAUUCUCGACAGUGGGCGCCUUCUACCUGCCCAUGCUCGUCAUGAUGAUCAUCUACAUCCGGAUAUGGCUCGUGGCGAGGUCGCGCAUCCGAAAAGACAAGUUCCAGAUGACCAAAGCUCGCCUCAAGACCGAGGAGACCACGCUCGUCGCCUCGCCAAAGACAGAAUACAGCGUGGUCAGCGACUGCAACGGCUGCAACUCGCCGGACUCCACGACGGAGAAGAAGAAGAGGCGUGCGCCGUUCAAGAGCUACGGCUGCUCCCCCAGGCCGGAGCGGAAGAAAAACAGAGCGAAGAAGCUUCCGGAGAACGCCAACGGCGUCAACAGCAACAGCUCGAGCUCUGAGCGGCUGAAGCAGAUUCAGAUCGAGACGGCGGAGGCGUUCGCCAACGGCUGCGCCGAGGAGGCCAGCAUCGCCAUGCUGGAGAGACAGUGUAACAACGGCAAGAAGAUCAGCUCGAACGAUACGCCCUACUCGCGGACGCGGGAGAAACUUGAGCUUAAGCGAGAGCGCAAAGCGGCGCGCACCCUUGCCAUUAUAACGGGCGCUUUUCUCAUCUGCUGGCUGCCGUUCUUCAUCAUUGCGCUCAUUGGGCCGUUUGUGGACCCGGAAGGGAUCCCGCCUUUCGCGCGCAGUUUUGUCCUGUGGCUCGGCUACUUCAACAGUCUCCUGAAUCCCAUCAUCUACACCAUCUUCAGCCCCGAGUUCCGAAGUGCUUUCCAAAAAAUUCUUUUCGGCAAAUAUCGACGGGGGCAUCGAUGACAAUGAGACUGACGAUCAUUUCAAUAUCGAUACCGGUACAAAUGAUCUUACUCGAAUUUCGUGAAAUAUCGAAGGUAACAAUGUUUCGGUUAUUGUAAAUAUCGAUACUGGUAAAAGUGUGGAACAAUGAUCUUACGCAAAAAUCAUGGGUCGUGUUUAUUUUUUAAAAAAAGCUGUUGAAUUUUCUUGUUCAAAUUGUGAAUUAUUGAGCUGCAGCCGUGAGUUCUGAGCAACUGCGC